AUGGUCUUUUACGGAAGCGAUGGUACGUUUACGGCCAAGUCCUACCUGAACGCGGUUCGCGCAACCCUGACCGCGGCUCUGUGUAUCGAGAACUUUCCUUCGCAGGUGGUGGAGCGCCAUAAUAAACCUGAGGUAGAGGUGCAGACAUCAAAGGAACUGCUACUUAAUCCCGUUGUCAUCAGUCGCAACGAGCGCGAACGCGUCCUUAUCGAGGGCUCUAUCAACUCGGUGCGCGUCAGCAUCGCUAUCAAACAGUCCGACGAAAUUGAUCGUAUCAUCUGUCACAAGUUUAUGCGCUUUAUCACGAUGCGUGCCGAGGAAUUUGUCAUUCUGAGGCGGAAACCUAUUCCGGGCUACGACAUAACAUUCCUAAUAACCAACUUCCACACGGAGAAGAUGCUGAAGAAUAAGCUAGUUGAUUUCAUUAUCACCUUCAUGGAGGAGAUUGACAAGGAGCUCUCGGAGAUGCGACUUGCAGUGAACUCGCGAGGUCGUCUAUGUGCCGAGGAGUUCCUGAAAGCCUUUGACUAA